UGCGACGCCGAUGGCGGACACCCAGCUACAGCCGGCCAAGCCUGCGGCCCCUCUCCCGGCCCCUGUGCAGCAGACGCAGCAGACGCGUUUCUUUCGAAAAUACGUCCCGUGGCGCGACCGUGUAAAGUACUACUCCUGGCAAUGGCACGGUAUCGUGACGGCCACCGCCGUCGUCUCCUCGGUCAUCCACAUCUGGCCCUACCACAACUACCGGAACGGCGUCAAGGUUGUAGCGUGCAUAAUCCUCAUCAUCGCACUCGUCGUCUUCGUCUGGAAUCUGUGUAUCAAGGUCGCAAAAAUCAUCAUGUUUCCAAGGGACGCUCUUACACACCUUACGGAUCCAGGAAAGAGCUCCUUCGCGGGUUUCCUUGCAGUCGGUGGUGCAGGUCUUAUCGACGCGGCCGUGAACGUGAUACGAGACUGGCACCCCGGAGCCAAAAACCGUUUCCUGUUUGCCAUGUACGCUUUCUGGUGGAUUGACGCAGUCAUCGCCUGGAUUACUGCAUUUGGUGUCAUCUACUUCAUUAUGGGCCAAAAGUCAAAGGAUCUCGGCAGGGUCAUGGCAAUCUGGAUCAUCCCCUGCGUCGCCAUGGUCGCCUCCUCCACCUGCGGUGGUCUCCUUGCUGGCACUCUGAUUGAACAGGGAUUCCCCCGCCUUGCCUUGGUCACGACAACCUUCACGAUCACCAUGGGUCUCGUUGGUCUGUGCUUCACAACGAUGAUCACCUUUGGUUUCAUCAUCCGCCUGCUCCUCCACGGCACACCGGACGGCAUGAUUGCCCUCGCCACUUUCAACCUCCUGACGCCACUCGGCCAGGGUGGCUUCUCGCUGCUUAUCAAUGGCGAGAACCUUUCCCAGCUGGUGCCGUACGUGACGAGCGGCUCCGACUUCCCCGAGAUCGCUCUCGCAGGCAAGCUCCUCUUCAGUGUCUGCUUCUGCGGCGCGUACGUCCUCUGGUGCAUGGGUAUCAUCUGGAUCACGCUCUCGCUCUUCGUCAUCUUCCGGCGCUCCAAGCGGCUGCCCAACUUCGGUCUCGCAUGGUGGGGCGCGGUCUUCCCGAACGGCACGUACGCGCUGCUCACCGUGCAGCUCGGCAACGUCCUCCAGAGCCGCUUCUACCACGGUUUCGGCGCCGCGUGGUCGUGCGUCGUGAUGCUGCUCUGGCUCGUGCUCUUCCUCCGCAGCAUCCCCGCCUUCAUCACCGGCACCAUGUUCCUCCCGCAAAAGUCCUACUUCGAGAACCGCCGCGCGAAGAAGCACCGCAAGCACCACCACCACGCGCACCCCGGCGCGGACGCCGAGAAGGGCCUCCCGCAGCCACAGCAGCAGGAGCAGCAGCCCGCACCCGCGCCGGAACCCGAGCGCGACGACCGCUCGACGCUCGUCGGCGUCGACGGCACCAAGCACCCCGAGGGCGCCAAGUCAACUGCGCGCGACAGCUCCGGCACGCUCAUGCACGUCCCGUCGUCGCACGGCUCGGGCGCGACCACGCCGGUGGACCGCAGCGGCCGCGCGACUCCCGUCGACGCCACGGCGCCCGCACACGACCAGGACAUCUCUUCCGCGGGCCUUCCCGUUGCUUAAUAGCCGUUCUUCCCAUGGCCGGGGGCUCCCCCUUCAUAAUACCUUAAUGACAGCUCGCAUCCUCAGUGACGAUCUUUAUAUGCAUUUUUCACGACUUUUUCAUUCAACUUUGUAGCACAAUCGAGGGCAUAGGGGCACAUUAGACAAGCUACGCAUGUACAUCUGUGGCUUGUACACUACAUCGUAGCAUAAUCACGCAAUACACAGACCUGGUAAUCA